CGAUGUUGGAAGACGUCAAUAGCAGAAAUGAUAAAGACUUAAGUAGUGACCGAACAGCGAUUGGAAAUCCUCCGAGACAGAGGCCUUUUUCAACAGUAUCAUCAGUACCAGCAAAUGGACCACAGUUGAAUUUCAUAGAAUGCUACUCGUGCACGAAUUGUCCGACGGUCCUACUUAAUACCACUGCAAAAAUAUGCCCAUUAUCUGUGGAUCUUACGAAACAGGGCUGCGUUGUUUACGCUGAGAAAUACAAGCAUAUGAACAAACCUUGGUAUAUUCGAGGAUGUGCAUCAGAAAGAGGAUCAUGUGCUGACAUCAGAAAAGCACACGCAGACCUUAAUGAUAUAGUCACAUUGCUGUUUUGUACGGAGUGUGACGGAGACAAAUGCAAUAAAAAUGGCGCGUCUCAUUCUGUCACAGAUUUUACAAUAGCAUUCUUUGCCAUGGUCGUCACACCAGUAUUUGUGAAGUAUAUGCUCUCUUGAAACUGAUAAUCUCGCUCUACUGCCAAAUAUAAAUCUAAAUCUUAGCCAUAUUUGACGAUUUUUAUUAAAUAACUGCAAAUAUAUGUGAUGACAUAAAUCUAAUGUCUUAAGGAUAAUGAACCAAAAACUAAAUUGUUUUCGAACUGAAUAAAAAUUUGAUUUUUG